CGCUGCAGUAGGAUGAGUGGAAGGGACCUGCGAGCCUUCAUCACACACUGCAGAACACAAGAUGGUGCAGGCAAACAUCUGGUCUGGAAGAGGGAUGGUUCUGUCGGCAGCCGGUGCCAGCCCACAGAAUACCAACGUCUGGAAGCCGCCCUGCAAGCAAGACGUCAAGAAUCGGAAACCAUCGCACAGAAGGUUCAGAAGACUCUGUCUGCAGCCAGGUCGUCCAAGGAGACGUCGCUGCUCCGACAACACAGACAGGUGUGGUCCCGGGAACACCUGAGGCUGAGGACAGCAGAGGAAGCGGCAGUAAGUGACUUGGAGGGUUUUGUGGCACAGCUCGGCUCGACCAAUGGGCUUCAAGAUCACGGCUCGACCAAUGAGCUUCAAGAGCACGGCCUGCAUCUUGAGAGGGAGAGAGAGCUUUUCAAGAUGGCCACAGUGGAGCCUGUUCUCCAGCUCCGAGACGACCUCCGCUUCAGGAUGGAUGAACUCCUCCUCCAGCGCCUGACUCUCCAGCCCUCUGAAGGACUGCAGAUACAGCAACAGGUGAACCUGGUGAAGCAGCAGCAGGGGGCGGUCACGGGAAGGCUGCGUGCUGAGCUGCUGGCGUUGGAGGAGGAGAUGGCAGCCCUAGGCCUGCAGGACUGUGUGGCGUGUGGGUCUGAGGCGGACCCAGAGCCCGUUCCAGGGGAGGUGCUGGAGGCAGACUGUCCCUACCCAGAGCUGAAGCUCUCCGUGCUGCAGAGCUUUCAGACACUGGCGGAGAGCUACCGGUCCAGGCAGCGCGGCAUCACGGAGCGUCUGGAGGGCAUGGACAGGUGUUGCGGCUGGUCUGCCAGUGACCACCUCUGCUUCCAGUGGACAGUGGGUCAAUACGGGCCGGACCUGCCCAACCACAGGGCUCUCUGCGCAGACAUGCUGCUCCGACUCCUCCCACACAGAACCCGCCAAGACCUGAUGGAUCACGAGCGUGCAUGGGACUGGCUCCGCUUCAGCCAGGCCCAGCUGCGGGCGCUGGCCCAGGCGGGGCAGCGCGACCGGGGGGAGCUGCUGGCCCGGGCCCUGGUCACCCUGGAGGAGGCCCGGCUCGCCCACCAGGAGGAGCUGCUCCUCCACCGGGAGCGCCGGCUCCAGCUGGACACCUGCACCCAGCUCAGGGACAAGGUGCAGCAGUGGCGGGCGCGGCAGGAGGAGGUGUCCCAGCUGGAGGCGCUGAUGGCCGCCAGGCGUCAGGAGGAGGAGGAGAGGCGGCUGGGCAGGAGGCGGGACAGCGAGGCGUCCGUCAGGUCACACCAGAGAGACAAGUUGAAGGAGUUCUACGCGAGGCAGCAGGACAGGAGGGAGCGUCUGGAAAGGAGAGACGAGGAGCGACUGGCUCUUCUCAGGAGCUCCAUGGAAGAGCAGGCCAGGAGGGACCAGGAGAGGGUGCGGUAUCGCGAGGAGACCCUGCAGCUCCGCAGGCAGGAGAGGGAGGCGGGGGAGCUGCAGCGCCAGAGGGAGCAGGAGGAGACACGGACCCGCCUGGAGGCCCUCAGGAGCCAGGUUGCCGUGGUAGCAGAGGCCGACCCAGAGAGGAUGAUGGGGGAAACUGAAGCAUGGAGGAGUCGUCAGAAGGAGGGAUGUGAGCCCCAGAAGCCCCUAUACAACAUCAACACGUACACAGACAGCCAGAUCGUGUCGGACCCCAGGGUGCGCGUGGAGCAGGCACUCCGUGAGGCGGGUCUCCACCAGACCCCCUACGCACGCCAGGUCCUGGCCGACAUCCGGCCCCCCAGGGCCCCUCGCAGAGACACGGUGGCGGCCUUCCUCAGGACAGACCCAACCCCUGGGUCUUACGAAGGGAAAUGACCAAAACAUAAACACGCAGCAGUAUGGCAGUUUAGACUAUCAGAUCAUGUAGAAAGCUUAGGUCAUUUGUUUCUAGAAGGAUUAGCAUUGUAUUUACUGCUGAUGGACCACGUGUUUAUGGACUCUUUAGAACCACGAUCCGUUUGAAUGAUAUAUGUAGGCGUAACCCUGUUAUGACACUUUGUUAAUAUUUGUUUAAUAAUGUUUCUCAUCGUCUACCAAAUGAAAGGAGCUUAUGAUGCCAAAUGAGCAUGUUUCCACCGGUAAUUGGCUAGUUAUAAGAUUGUAUACGUUUAUUAUUAUAGAAAUUGAAUUAUUCUGAUAACGCGUUUAAUUGGCCAGUGUGUUGCAAAACACACUAUGUAUUUCACAUGUAUCCGUUUGGUGUGUAAAGUGUAGAGAUACCAUGAACUGUA